AAGAUCUACAAUCUAUCUGUGCGCAAACCGUCAGAAAUUUCUAAAAUCAACCAAAUUCAACAAAAACCAUGAGAUGCCGCCUGAGAAAAUGCUGUUGCAUCGUUUCCCUGAGAGUGGGUUGCAUGAUCAGUGCCCUGUUAUUAUUUUUCUUCCAACUUAUUGCAGUUCCUUUGCGAAAUGCCACAUUCUGCUGCGAUUCCUUUGAAGGUGUCCUGUUGGUGGUAUAUCGAGUCUUGGAUAUGGUGCACUUCGUUGGCUGUCUCAUGCUAUUCGUGGCCUCAUUUGUGAAAAUAUCCGUACUCGUGCUCAUUUUUCUCAUCACGAGCUGUUUACAUUCUGUAGUUUAUCCCGGUUUUCUGGUUGCCGAAGCUUUGAUUUGGCAUGCAGAUCUCAUUGACAUAGGCUUGUCCAUCUGCGGACUACGUAUUUACUUCUGGCUGGUGGCGUACGCCUUCUAUUUCAAAUGCAAGGAGGAGCUUAUCACUGAUGCACCCACAGUCAUCAUUACUCGCAAAAAAGAAUCGGUUGUAUCAGCUGUUUAGCUCACUUGAAAAAUUAACAAUUAUUUUCAUUGAAAAAUAUAUUUAAUUUCAUU